AUGGCGCUAUCAACAAAAACGACGUUCGUCGCGUCAACCUUUCCCGAAAACCCGCUCAAAACGGCCGACUUCUCACCGCCCGCGUCCUCCUGCUCUGGCAUCUACCUCACCAACAACGUCUACGCCAUCGACAAUGACUCCAAAUGCCUGCCCAACAAGUUCAAUGGCGCCAGUACAGCCUUCUACUCUCCCGGCACCGUCUGCCCGACAGGCUAUACCGCGCAGCCGCAGUGCUCGCGCAACGGCGGGGUGCGCUCUGUGACGACUGUUACAUGCUGUCCCUACCGCGGAGACAUGACGCUAUCGUGUGUCGAGGACGAUAUGACGCUCGCCAACGUGUGGGAGACACAAUUUUGCACAUGGAUGGCUGGACCCGCGACGGUCGUUGAUAUUACGCGGACGGACGAUGGGGUUGUGGCUACGCAGGCUGUUACGAUGUCGAACCGUGAUGGUGUGAAUGCGUGGGGUAUUAGGAUGGUGUAUCAGGCAAGCGAUCUCGUGGCCAAGACGACCUCGAAAGCAUCGCUUUCGUCAGUAACAGCAACGGGGGCUCCGGCAGCAGGGAGCGGUGCGACGACAGGAGCGAGUGCGACUGGGACGGCGGCCGGAGCGGACAACACCAGCGGCAGUGCGACCGCCGCCGCCACAUCUGGAGCAAGUUCAGGCGGUUUGUCCACGGGCGGCAUCGUCGCUGUGGCCGUCGUGGUGCCCGUCGUCGCCAUAGCCGCACUCGUGGGCCUCUUCUUGUGGUGGAGGCGGCGGAAGCACCAGUACGCGGGGGUGAAGCCCGUUGAGACGCCCACGGCGCCCGAGAUGGAGGGUUCGUCGACUAUGGGAGCGCAAAGCGCAUACGCGUAUCAGAGUCAGCAGUACGCACAGCAGUCGCAUAACGGGCAGUAUCCCCAAGCAUCCCCACCUGCGUCGGAAAUGAUUGGGACGGAUAUUGCUGGGUAUUACAACAAUGACAAGGUUCUCAUGAACCCCGGUGACCAGUCUCAAGGUGGAGGGCAUACGCAAUUCAAGGGGUGGACGCAGCCGCAGCCGCCUGUUGAGUUGGCUAGCGGGGAGGGACCUACAGAGUUGCCUGCUGAUAAUGAUCGGAGGUGA